GCUGGGCUAACAGGGUGGUCGGCCCGAGGGUUCUUUUAUUAUAAAAAAUGCACCGCGCGUAAGGGUAUUUAUUUCAUUCAGACAGUGGCUAUGUUUAUAAUAUCCCAUCACUGACCCGUUGCAGAUGUUUGGCAUCUCGUCUGAUCCGCGAGGAAUGCCUCAAUCUUGUCCGCCACUCUGAACUGGAUUUACCUGUUUUGGCAAGUGGAGAAACGCACGAACAGGAGGAAGGAGAAAGAGAGGAAAGCUUCCAACCAACCGCCAGAGUGAGACAGACAGGCAGUAGUUGUUGCGCCUCUCAUGGUUCCUCCGUUGCGGUCUCGUUUGCCGUGGACUCGCCGCAGGCCUGUGCGAUCGCCUUGCCUGAAGACAGACACCUGUUUUCGGAUAUAAGCUGGAGGCUGAGUUGACCGAGCGACGACUCAUCCGUCUGACAUUGAUCACUUUACUGAGCCUAGUAGGCCGCCUCGUAAUUCCAAGCUCGAGUCCAAGUGGAAUACAGAACCAUGUUCCGAGAGGAUGUGUUCACGAUGCCAUGCGUUUUGUUGAGUAUUUUGGUUUGUUGUGUGUUUGCCGACUUUGUGGAGCCUCCGGAGUCGUACACCCUCACCUCGGUUGCUGAGCGGGAGACGCGGUUGCCGUGCCGAUAUGAGGUGCCGCAGGGCUCCAGCGUGGUGCAGGUCAAUUGGAAUAAGGAGCAGCCGGAUGGAACUCCGGAACUCAUCAUCACCGCACACCACACGGAGGGGACAGUGGUGGGCCACUUGGCCACGCGAGUGCGUUUCGCCUCUAAAGACCCCCUGCGGGACUCGUCCCUGCUCAUCCUGGACACGGAGACCUCGGAUGAAGGACGCUACACCUGCCAGGUCAUCACCUACCCCUCCGGCACCGUCUCGACGACCCUCAGCCUCAUCGUCUGGACGGUGCCCAUCUCGCUGAUCGAGCCUGUGAUCAUGGAGGAGGGGCAGACGUUCCGGGUCGCCGCCCUGUGCCGCUCCACCGCCCGCCCUCCACCAAUCCUGGCCUGGGACACUGACCUGCCCGGCCAAUCGCUGAACAAGUCAGGGGAAGGUGGGCGGGUGUCGUUGCAGUUCUCUCUACAGCCGCUGCGGAACAUGAACGGAAGGAAGCUGGACUGCCUGGUGAGCCACCCGACUCUGGAGCGCCCCCACCGCAUCAGGAACACGCUGGUAGUGCACUAUCCUCCAAGCGCUGUGGUCGGCGGAUAUGAUGGCAACUGGUUUGCGGGCAGGGAAGGUGCGGAGCUCACCUGUGAGUUUGGAGGGAACCCCAAGGUGGAAAACAUCACCUGGAGCAGACGAGGAGCGGAGCUGCCGGAUGGCGUGACCGUGGAAUCAGAGCGCCUGGUGUUCGGCCGACCACUGGUGGCCACGGACGAGGGUGUCUAUGAAUGCGAGGCCAGGAACCGCAUGGGGUCGGACCGGGCAGAGCUGCAGGUGACAGUGAGAGAGCUGCAGAGGCAUGAGGCUCAAGUGGACACCUUCCCCACCAUCAUCGUGGGCGGCGUUGCCGGGGGCCUGGUGGUUGUCAUGGUGAUCAUCAUCAUCAUAGUGACCACUCAUCACCGACGCAAGAACAGGAAGCUGAAGAAGGAGCUCAGCGAGAGGACGGAGGAGAUCAACAGUCUCUCCAGGCAAACUUCUUUGAGACGGUUAAACUCCGCCAGCACUGACCUCAGAAGUCAGAUGGAUGAUGUGUUUAUCCGGGUGGACAGCGUGACUAAGAACAGCAUGAUGUCUCUGGAGGAGUGUUCCACCCUGCAGCAGCCACCAGGGGGCGUGUGUGAUGCGGACCUGGACAGCCUGGGCCGCCCGCCCAUCUACACCUCCUACCAGUCCCCCCGUGACAGCAACUCCUGGCGGGCCCGGCAGGAGGAGGAGAGCAAGCGGCGCGUGGAGACCUACCUCAAGAGCAGCGACCACUCCCUGGACUCUGGGCUGCACUCGUCCCUGGUCCCCCCACUGAGCUCGGAGGCUCCGCUCCUGCUGGACACGUCGGCCACCCAGAGCCCCAGCAGUUCCCAGGGGACGGACGCAGCAGCGGAGGUGGUCAAGCCCCCUCCCCCCUGGGCUGCCCGGGACGGCGGCGGGGGGGUGGUGGACGCCGGUCAGCUAGCCCGCUGGGCGCGGAGGGGGGCGGCAGCAGCAGGAGGAGACAGGAAGGGGGAGGCAACAAUGGCCACCGCAGCUGGGGAAGGGGAAGGGGAGGCGGAGCUGGACGAGGAUGAGGACCAAUCAAACUCUCGGAUCUCGGAGGCGCUGUCCAACCACUUCCACUACAGCAAUGGCUACCUGAGGCCCAAGUUCCACCCCAAUGCCAUCAUACUGCACCCACGGGGGCAGAUCAUAUAACCAGCUGUUACAUGGGGGGGGGGGGGGGGGCUAUUGACACAGCUCCAGUGGAAUCCCUUCCUCCCCAAUUUGUAUGAUAUUAAUAUGUAAAAAAAAAAACCAUUUUGACUCUUUGUGGGAGCACUACGUCAAUGAACCUGACACAGGCGCAGUCCGGGGGCCUGCAUACCAAAUCCUGGGUUCUGUGUGUGGACGCAGUUCCCAAUGGAACCCUCUCUUCCACUACUUUGUACAGUUAGUACUGUCAGUAUGAUACAUUAUGUAAAAAAAGACUCUCUGUGGGGCCCUCUGACUUAAACCUCUUAGUUCACUGCCUCAACUGCCCUAUAAAAUCACAUACAGUACCUGCAAAACCUUCCAACACACACACGCAUGCACGCACAUGAGUACACACACAC